AACAAAAUGUGGGGCGGAGCUCUAAGUCCAGCUUAUUAUCAUAGCAUCUAAGCUAGGGAUGGGGUGGGGGUUUGAGAAGGGCAACCCAGCAUCCCCCCACCUCCGCGUCGCCGCCGCUUGAAAUGACGCGGGAGCGCGCGGCCGCCCCCAGAAGGCUCCGGGAGAUGGGGCCGACCUCCACGUAGACCCCGGGGGUCGCUCGCUCCUGCCAACACUCCUUCGCCAAGGCCGGGAGCCUUGCGCACGCUCGCCCUCCGCCCCCCCCCGCCGCCUCUGCCACCGCCCCCUCCUUGGAAACCAAGUUACCAACGUUAAACCAAUCCCCGGGCGCAACUGUGCCUCCUCCACACCCCACCCGCCGCGCCGUGCCGCGCCGCGCGGUCUUCUAGCCCAGCUCAGCGCUCGCGUCCCCUCGCCUCCUGCGCUUCCCCGGCGGCGGCGAUGCCCGGGCCCUCGCCAGGGCUGCGCCGGGGGCUGCUCGGCCUCUGGGCUGCCCUGGGCCUGGGGCUCCUCCGCCUCUCAGCGGUCGCGCAGGAGCCUUUCUGGGCGGACUUGCAGCCUCGCGUGGCGCUCGUGGAGCGCGGGGGCUCGUUGUGGCUGAAUUGCAGCACCAAUUGCCCACGGCCUGAGCGUGGGGGCCUGGAGACCUCGCUGCGGCGGAAUGGGACACAGAGGGGUUUGCGCUGGCUGGCGCGGCAGCUGGUGGACAUCCGCGAGCCGGAGACCCAGCCGGUCUGCUUCUUCCGCUGUGCGCGGCGCACACUACAGGCGCGUGGGCUCAUUCGCACUUUUCAGCGGCCGGAUCGCGUAGAGCUGGUGCCGCUUCCUGCCUGGCAACCUGUGGGCGAGAACUUCACCCUGAGCUGUAGGGUCCCCGGCGCUGGGCCUCGGGGGAGCCUCACAUUGACCUUGCUGCGGGGCGCCCAGGAACUGAUUCGCCGCAGCUUUGCCGGGGAGCCACCCCGAGCGCGCGGUGCGGUGCUCACCGCCACGGUCCUGGCGCGGAGGGAGGACCAUGGGGCUAAUUUCUCGUGCCUCGCGGAGCUGGACCUGCGGCCGCAGGGUCUGGGGCUGUUUGAAAACACCUCGGCCCCCAGAGAGCUCCGAACCUUCGCGCUGUCUCCAGACCCCCCGCGCCUCGCUGCCCCUCGGCUCUUGGAAGUGGGUUCAGAAAGACCCGUGAGCUGCGCCUUGGACGGGCUGUUUCCAGCCUCGGAGGCUGGGGUCUACCUGGCGCUGGAGGAUCAGAGAUUGAGUCCAGAUAUCACCCUCAAGGGGGACGCGCUCAUGGCCACCGCCACAGCCACAGCGAGCGCAGAGCAGGAGGGCGCCAGGCAGCUGGUCUGCACCGUGACCCUAGGGGGCGAGAGCCGCGAGACCCGGGAGAACGUGACUGUGUACAGCUUCCCGGCACCCCUUCUGACCUUGAGCGAGCCCAACGCCCCAGCGGGGAAGACGGUGACAGUAAUCUGCGAAGGUGGGGCCCGAGCGGUGGUCGCACUGGACGGAAUUCCAGCCGCGGGCCCGGGGCAGCCCGCCCAGCUCCAGCUAAACGCCACCGAGAACGACGACAGGCGCGGCUUCUUCUGCGACGCCACCCUGGAGGUGGACGGAGAGACCCUGAGCAAGAAUCAGAGUGCGGAGCUGCGCGUCCUGUUCGCACCCCGGAUGGAUGAUUCGGACUGUCCCGGGAGCUGGACGUGGUCAGAGGGCCCAGAGCAGACGCUGCACUGCGAGGCCCGCGGAAACCCAGCGCCCUCAGUGCACUGCGCGCGGCCCGACGGCGGAGCCGUGCUGGCGCUGGGCCUGCUGGGUCCGGUCACUCGCGCGCUCGCCGGCACCUACCGCUGCACCGCCGCCAACAUCCAGGGCGAGGCGGUCAAGGAUGUGACUCUGACGGUGGAGUACGCCCCAGCACUGGACAGUGUGGGCUGCCCGGAACGCCUUACAUGGCUGGAAGGAACAGAGGCCUCUCUGAGCUGUGUGGCGCACGGGGUCCCGCCGCCCACCGUGAGCUGUGUGCGCUCUGGAGAGGAGAACAUCAUGGAGGGUCUGCUGCUUGUGGCCAGGGAGCACGCAGGCACCUACCGCUGUGAGGCCACCAAUGCUCGAGGCUCUGCAGCCAAAAAUGUGGUUGUCACAGUGGAAUAUGGUCCCCGUUUUGAAGAGCUGAGCUGCCCCAGCAAUUGGACUUGGGUGGAAGGAUCUGGGCGGCUGUUUUCUUGUGAGGUCGAUGGGAGGCCGGAGCCAAGCGUGCAGUGUAUCGGCUCCGGGGGCACCAGUGAGGGGGUGCCUCUGCCACUGGCCCUCCCAGAGCCCAGUCCUGGAGUGCCCAGCAUCCCAAGUGAACUGCCUCCCGGAGUCUACAUCUGCAACGCCACCAACCGGCACGGCUCCAUGGUCAAGACAGUCUCCGUGAGCGCGGAGUCGCCGCCGCAGAUGAAUGAGUCCACCUGUCCAAGUCACCAGACGUGGCUAGAAGGAGCCGAGGCUACCUCCCUGGCUUGCGCCGCCCGUGGUCGCCCCUUCCCGCAAGUGCGCUGCUCCCGAGAGGGCGUACCCCAGCCUCAAAGGCUGCGCGUGUCGCGAGAGGAUGCAGGCACCUACCGCUGCUUGGCCACCAACGUGCACGGCACCGAGGCCAGGACUGUCACCGUGGGCGUGGAAUACCGGCCGAUAGUGACGGAGCUGACCGCCUCGCCUUCAGGAGGCGUGCGGCCAGGCGGGAACUUCACGUUGACCUGCCGUGCCGAGGCCUGGCCUCCCGCCCAGAUCAGCUGGCGCGCGCCCCCGGGGGCGCUCAACAUCGGCCUGUCGAGCAACAACAGCACGCUGAGCGUGGCGGGCGCCAUGGGCAGCCACGGCGGCGAAUACGAGUGCGCGGCCACCAACGCCCAUGGGCGCCACGCACGGCGCAUAACCGUGCGCGUGGCUGGUCCGUGGCUGUGGGUCGCUGUAGGCGGUGCGGCAGGGGGCGCAGCGCUGCUGGCUGCGGGGGCCGGCCUGGCCUUCUACGUGCAAUCUACGGCCUGCAAGAAGGGCGAGUAUAAUGUACAGGAGGCCGAGAGCUCGGGCGAAGCCGUGUGCCUCAACGGCGCAGGUGGCUCGGGCGGGGGCACGGGCGUAGAAGGUGGAACAGAGGCUGCGGGCGCCGCGGAGGCGCCUGCAGGGGGAGAGGUCUUUGCUAUCCAGCUGACCUCAGCGUGAGCCCGCUUCCCUUUCCCCGCGGGCCGGGGGACGCCCCCUAGACUCACACUGGGGCUUAUUUAUUUUAUUUAUUUAUUAUUCACUUCGAAGGGCAUCACUCCCCUUUUCUUCUCCACCCCAAUAAAAUUUUUAUAAGGGA